AUGAAGCGCCUUCCUGGGGCGCAGUGCAGGACUAAGACUCGUUCGUAAUGGUUCAGAUUUAGUGACGCCCGAAAUUGAGAUCCUAAGAAAACUCGUCAUUGAAGGAUUCCCGCAGUCGGUUUUGCGUUUAGCCGGAGUGGAGGAUCGUCAUCAAAUCGUGUCUGCCAUGAAGGUGCUCUUAGCUGCGCUCUUUGUCUUCCUCCUGCACUCAAAUGCAGUGAGUUGUGGCGAUCCAACGUUCGAGGAGCUGAAGAGUCAACUCCCAAUCACCCUGUCUCCGAACGGCAGUGACCAGUACUUCUUCUUCAUCAUCCCAGUACAGAAGAGCGACGAUCCUCAGAUUAUUCUGCAGAUGGCGCAAGCACAGAGUAUUUCCAACAGAACUAAUAACUCUGUUGCUUCCACCGUGAUUGACACCGUAAAUCACAACAUAAGUGUUUCAGCAUCCGGGGAGGGCCUCGACCUGGACAAGUUCUUCGUCAUGCCAGAUCCCGAGGAGGAGGGCAGCAGCUUCAAUUUCCAGGUGCCCGUGGUCGUGCCCCUCGAUUUCCGGUUCUCCUACAGCGCGGACGCAUCCAGCACCGCCCUGCCUGAAUGCUCGGUCGACACCCGCACCUGGAAGAGAAAGUCAUCGCGAGGAUUGCAGAGAAACUGCAACUCGACGGGCAGCCAUCAUGGGACCACAGCGACCUGAACGUCAGAAUCCGCAAGAUGAAGGACGCCCUAUCGGGCGUCACCAUCGACCUCAUCACUUCGGCGACCGAGCUCUCGACGUUCGCUAACGUCAUCCAGAAGACUAAAUACCUGGCAGAUAUCAGGUACUAUUACGUCAUCAACAACGUAACGGAGCUGACUGGGGAUCACGCUUCCCUCAUGGCGGAAGGGGUGAACACCUACGAGCUGCUAGACCGUUGCAUUAAGAUUGCAG